UCAACAGUUAGUUCACGUAUUGCCUAACCAAUAAAGUAAAGAGUACAUUUCUGAUUAAAGAAUGUUACGAUCUUCGGAUAUUUUCAACGUUUUUGCAAUUGUUUCCAUUGCUAUUGGGAACCAAGGAUAUGCACAAAUAUCCAAAAGUUUUCGAAUUCCCUCUACAAAAGGUGAAACGUGUAACGUGGUAAAUUUGAAUUUCGCCGGUGAUGCAGAUAGCUCUGUCGAUCCAGUUCGUGGACCACCCGGAAGUCCUGGAAAACGAGGGCAAAUAGGACUAGCUGGACCGGUUGGACCACGAGGAGAAAAAGGCGAUCAAGGGUUGAAAGGUGUCAAAGGAACGAGUGUGAAUGUAACAGAAAUAACCACAAAAAUUCUGGGAAUUCUGGGUGCAACAAGCUGCAAAGACUUGAUGGAUCUUCAUGAGAUUUCAUCUUCCGGAUAUUACUUGCUUAGAAUAAACGACUCUGCAACACCUGAAUAUACAUACUGCGAUUUUGAAUUACGAGCUGUAUCCAAUUGCUUGGAAAUUGACGAACAAAUAGAGUCACCUAUACCAGGUUAUUAUCUAAUCAAGCCAGACUCAACUGCUGAGAGUACUUACAUUCAUUGCAAUCAUUUUUGUCCUAAGAGCUGCCAAGAUGUUGACAGAAAAAAUUCCAAGAUUUGGAAAGUAACUGGAGGCGUAUUUGAUAUAUCUCCAAAUAAAAAUAAGCAAAUAGAAGUCUACUGCGAUCUCACAGCGGAUGGCGGAGGAUGGACUGUUUUUCAGCGACGUCAGGAUGGAUCAAUAGACUUUUUCAGAGAUUGGAAUGAAUAUGUAAACGGUUUUGGAGAUAAAGACAAAGAAAUGUGGCUAGGCUUGGAAACGAUAUAUCAGCUGACUAAAAACGGAAACUAUGAACUCCGAGUUGAUUUGACAGAUUGGAGUGGAAACACUGUAUAUGCUAAAUAUGACACGUUUAGUAUAGCACCUGCUUCUGACAACUACAGACUUACUAUCGGUGGUUAUUCAGGAAAUGCUGGAGAUUCUUUAGCCUAUCACAACAAUCAGCAGUUCACAACAAAAGAUGCUGAUCAUGACUCGUGGAGUACAAAUUGUGCAUCUCAAUUCAAUCAAGGAGCUUGGUGGCAAUACAAGAAGAUUUCGGAACAAUGA